UUUGUGCAAUGUUGUUCCGCCGCCAUCUUGCACGCUUUCUUGUUGGGUCAACAUUUCGUAUGUAAUUUCCCACUUAAUUUGAGUUAUUAUGUCUGGACAAUAUAUACAGGUAGCGGAAGAAGAAGGAGAGGAACCGAUAGAAAUUCCGAGUGAAGAUGACGGAACGCUACUUCUCUCUACACUUGCAGCCCAGUUCCCCGGAGCAUGUGGGAUGAAAUACCGAAACCCAGUCAGCGGCAACUUCCGGGGGAUACGGUUAUCCGAUGGGAAACUACACCCUCCCGACGGGGCAUGGGGACAUUACGUAUUUGUUGUUGUGUUUCCUAAAGAUAACAAAAGGAAAGGAGAUGAAGUUAUUGAAAAUCCUAUUGCCAAGACAAAAUGUAUAGAGAAACAACGAUGUAGUGACCUGAUAGUGUUAGGACUACCAUGGAAAACAAACGAAAAGGAACUUCGAGAAUAUUUCUCCAAAUAUGGAGACCUCCUCCUUGUUCAGGUGAAACGAGACCCAAAAACACAGUAUUCCAAAGGAUUUGGUUUCAUCCGAUUUGCAGAGUAUGACUGUCAAGUCAAGUGCUUAGCAGAUAGACAUCAUAUAGAUGGCAGGAGGUGUGAUGUAACAAUUCCAAAUUCAAAUGAAGGUGCCCAACAGUUUGUGAGCAGAAAGGUUUUUGUGGCACGAUGUACAGAAGAUAUCACAGCAGAAGACCUUCAUACUUACUUCAGCAAGUUUGGUGAAGUUAUUGAUGUGUUCAUUCCAAAGCCAUUUCGGGCAUUUGCCUUUGUCACCUUUGCUGAUCCAGCCAUUGCAAGAAGUUUAUGCGGAGAAGACCACAUAAUCAAAUCUACUAGUGUUCAUGUUACCACAGCAGCACCCAAAAAUAGUGGGGAUAAAUUUGACGGGAAGGGAAAUUAUAACAGGGGCGGUGGGGUGCCUAAGGGCUGGAACCAGGGCCAUCAGGGUAACUGGGGAAACACAGGGGGGAAACCUAUCAGCACUAUCGGGGGCAAUCAACCAACACCCGACCCUAAUCUAGCCAACAGCAUUGGUAUGAACCUCAUGUUAGCAGCAGCACAAGCAGUCUUAAGUCAGGGCCAAAUGCCACCACCCCAGCAACAGGUGGGGGACAACUACACACAAGCUACCAAUCAGGGCUUUGAUAGCACUAGACAAACAAACAGUGGAAGCGGGUUCUUUGGGGGAGGCUGGGGUUCCAAUGAGGCAAACAAUACUACCGGUGGAUAUGCAAACUGGGGUGGGGGACAAACUCAAGGACAACGGAGUGGGUGGAAUUAGUUAGGAGCCUGGCCAUUGUCCCUUUCAUUUCUCGUAUACAUUAUAAUGGAGAUUUAUUUUAUUAGGCCAAUAUAUUUAGUUCGGAUCAUUUGACUCCAUGCAAAUGGUUGUAUACCACAUUGUCAUUUUAGAGAUUAUUUGCCAUUAGUUAACAGUUGAUAGGAAUGCAUGUUUUGUCAAUGUACUGACAACAUAAUGUCAGUCUGAAGUUUUGGGACAAUGAUUUCUCUUCAGUGUUUUAAAUGAAUAUACAUCAUAAUGUCAUUUUGAGUGGGUUAGUGAAGAUGAUAUUUUGAUUCUAUUCAUUUAAAUGAUGCAGAAAAUGUUCCAUGAAGGUUCAAGAACUUGCAAUAACACCUGAUCUCAACCAUUAUGUAAUAUACAUGUGCAUUCUUGAUCUGUUAGCUGAUGGCAUGUAGCUUGUUUGUAAAAUCUACAAGUCUCACUUUUGUCACAAAGACCGAUUAUCAAUCAAAAAAUAUAAACGUAUAUUAACGUAAUGUUGUGAUUUUAACAAAAAUGUGGAAUUCAUCAAAAUAAAGUUAUUUAAGGUGAUAUAUUGCAUAGUAUCAAAAAUAUUUUUAAAAUCAUGUUUGCGAUGAAAUUACAGAUACUGGUUUAAUUUUACUUUCAAUGUAGCUUGUUGAAAUAUGGCUGUCAGAUACUAUAAUAAUCAAUUACUGAACAGGUAAAAUUUUGCUUCACAUACUUUUAUAAUACAAAAUUACACUCAUAAGAAAGAUUGUACAACAUUUUCUGCCAAGAUCAGAUAUUUUCUGCUUGUUAUUAGUCCUAGCUUGUUUUUUUAGUCGCAUCUUUUAUCCUUCUAAAUCAGAAUAGUUUUAUUACACAGAAGAUUGACAGAUGGCUACUUCCAGCUGUAUGUAUUGAAAGGCUGAUUUAGAAGGAUGGUUAAGCUUUUAGUUGAAAUACAUGAAGUAUACUGUAUUCAGAUUAUAAUCUAAUUCGGAAAACAUCUAUUUACCAAAAAAAUGUAUAACGAUCUCUCCUUAACAAAUUUCUGGAAUUUAUUUGUAUUGAAUGUUUUUGAUUUUUUUUAAAUAUCAAUCUAAUUAAAAUUAUAAUUAUAAUUGCAUAUUAUCAAAAAUGAAAUUUUAUUAUGUUACCUUAAAGAUAAGUUCAGAAAUGCCUAAGCUUACACAUAAAAUACUUACCUUUAUUAUCCAGAGAACUAAUAUCAAAGUUCAUGAGACUUAAAUACACAAGAUAGCCACAUUUGUCUAUGAGAAAUGGAUGGACACUAGCCGAGGGUAGAUAGCAUGUGGGACUGGUGUAUGAAUAUAUAUAAAAGGACGUAGCUGAAAUGAUAGGCAUUAGGGGUGAAUGUGUCAUCAUUUUACCAAGCACACUUAUGCCACAGUUUGUUAUAUCUUUGCAUAUAUCUUUUUCUUUCUGGUUAUCUGUGUUGAUGUCUGCUUAUUCACUUCAAACAUUUACCAGCCCAGCUUGGACAAAAGACAAAUAAUCAUGGACUCAAGAUUGCGGAUAAUCAUUCUGAUUUGAAGGAGGGAGACCAGUACUUUUAUCAGGUAGUAUGUGUGGUGGACUGAACAACUAAGGGCCGCAAGUUGGUGAAAGGCUUUGGAAGACGUGUGGAGUACAAAAAAGAACAUUUUGGAAGAAACAACAUGUACGUGAUUUCAUAUGAUGUGUUGAAAAGUGAAGUGCUAAUGCUUUGGAAGUGUUUUGAAGGAAUGUAAAAGGACACGCCGAAUGAAACUGGAGUGUUGCAUUGUUGAAAAUCGUGGAAGAUUUUAUGUUGUGCGGUGGCUUUUGUAUGUACUUGUAAGGGUGCUUAGAAAGGAGUGUGAAUAAAAUUUAUACUGCAAAUUGUAGUAAGAAUA